AUGCAUUCGACACCCCCGAUUUUGAACCAGGGUUGUACUGGGACAACCGUCGACAGUUUGCCGAAACAAUUUGUGGCUGCUAUGAGGACUUUGUUCGAUAUUAUGGACGACCAGAAAACUGGUUACGUCCAUUUAGCAGACAUAGAACGACGUUGGCGAGAUGACGAAGCUGCUGUCAGCCAAGGUUUACCUCGAGGAGUGAUCGAGAGUCUCCGAAAAGUGACUCCACCGAGUGGCAAAUUGUCCUUUGAAAGAUUUUGUGGAGGCCUCAAAAUCUGUUUGAUACGGAACCAAGCUUUGCAGCAACAGCAAAAAGUUGGAGACCAUACUAAUAGAAAUCAGGACCACCCUAAACAAAGAUCACCUUCUGCUCCUUUGCUGGACAUGAAUGAUCCAAUAAGCAAAUCUCAAUGGCGCGGUAUGCAGUCUCACCACUCCACAUCCGCUUUGAAAAACCCGACUACUUCCGUCAUGGUUCGACCUUUGGAAACGCCGAACACCAUUGCCCAACACAGGGCAUUGAGUUUACCUCAAUUGCAAAUCCAUAACAGACCUGGUGCAGUUGUCCAAACCAAGGUGCAACCUAUCAGGCCGGAGAAGGAUCAGCAGAAACUGGAUAAAGCAGGUAGAGGGGGUAUACGCAACGCUUUACACAAUUGGCAUAAGGGUUUGUUAGUAACUGCAAACAGCCAAAAUAAUUUUGGGUUUGCCAGUGAUGAUAUAUUAGCUAGUAAAGAUCCUUUGAGAAAUAGAGGCCUUGGUGAUGGACAAACAGAUCAACAGACAUCUACCACUGCUGGCUAUUUCAUAAAAAAUACCCAAGAAGGUGGUAGGAAACGAAGAGAACCACGUCGUCACACUUUGCAGAGCGGAAUCGACCAUGCUGCCUUAAGACGCCUUAAGCAAUUGGAGCAGGAACGUUCUUUGCUCUUGAGGGGCCUGGAAGCCGUCGAUGCAGCCAGAGAAUGGUAUAGGGAAAGAGUGGCUGCUGUCCAGGAUGGAAUGCGCUGGUUGGGGAGGGCAGGAGCUAGAGUGGAACAAUGGAGUGAAUCGCAUCAGGAACGAUUGGAGAUGCAGCAGGCUCGUGUGAUGGAAGCAAAUCGGCAUUUAGAAGCUUUAGUUAAAACUUGGGAAAGAGGAGCAGUUCCACUGCACAUGGACUUAGAAUUGACGAAAUCACAGAUUGAAAUGUCACCGCGAGCACAAGAACAACAAAAACUACUUUUGGAAAGGCUGAAACGACAAAAUAGGCAACUCACAGAAGAAGUGAGCAGAAAAAGUGCAGCUGUUACAAGUUUGGAACGAGAAAAAGCAAUGUUACUCAGAGAACUGAUGAUUUUGCAACCAAGAAGAAGUUUUCAAUCCGGACCAAGAAUGAUGACAGCACCUCCUUCAAAUAGUGAGGAAGAAGCUGUUUUUUAAUUCCAGUAGGUGAAGAUAUAAUUGAUGAAGUAAAGUAAAUUAUACAGUUCAUCGCGAGUACUUUGCUUAACUUGGUAAUUAAUCUUAAGCUAAUUUAAAAAAAUUGAU